AUGGAGAACUGUGUGAGGACAGCCUCCCAUCCAUUUGACCCCACUCAUGGUGACAGCUCUGACACAAACUCCCAGAAUCCCCUGGGAGGCAGAUUAGGGGGUGUGAGAGGGAUCAGGGAGAGAGCGAUCAUAGCCAUGAGCUGUAAAUUAGAGUCUGUCACCCAGCCUGGCACACAGAGGAUGUGCAACAAACCAUCCAGGUGUGAGUGUGGGAGUGAGCCAAUGUGCAAGUGUGCCAGCGCUCCACAGCCGUACGUGGGUGUCUCAGAAGUGUCACGCAAAAAGAGGAAAGCCAGCACAAAGAAACACAAGUUGGGAAAGACGAAGAGGGGCAAGAAGGAAAAAGCUUCAAACAAGCGCCAAUCAGCAAGCUGUGGUUGCGGCCCAACAAGAAAGAGAAAACUCCUCCACAGGGACAGAAAAUUCAUUCAUAGUAAGAGGAAGAGUUUGAGGCAUCAUGAAGUCUGGGAGGAGAAAGAGCGGAGCAGGGAAAUGGGAGGGCGCUCAGGGUGCAGAAACAGGGACCUGAUUUCAGAUACAGAACAGUGGGAGUGGAUGAGGGGGAGCUGUCCUGCAGGUAGUGAGGAGGGCAGGUCAAGGAGUGGGUGGAGGAACAGAGCAGUGGAAUGGGAUCGAGUGGCAAGGUUUAGUCCCAGUCCUAGCAGCUGGGGCAGAAGAGGCAGACGUCUUAGCACAGAAGAUGUAGACUGGGACAGGUGCAGCGUGGACAGAUGGACAUGGGGCAGCAGUGACAGCUGGGAAGACAGGGGGACACACAGAUCCAGGUCAGGCUCCAGGACAGGGGCAGACAACAGAGACAGCCUGGGCUGUGUGUGGAAAUCUGCAGGCACUAGAUACUCCAGCUCGAGAAACUUCUCCAGCCCUGAGUGGUGGACAUGUAGGCAGACAUCCAGCCCCCAGAGUGUGAUCAAUACACGGGCCAGCAGAUGCCAUAGCCCGCGCUCCUGCAGCCCCUGCAGCAGCACUAGUAUGUCCGAGCUAAGCUGGGAGUGGAGCAGGAGCAGCAUCUGCUCAGGAGCUACAGCGGACGGGUUGACAGUUAGCUCCUGCAGGACGUCCUCGGGAGCCCCAGGACUCUCAUCUGAGGCCCCUCAGGAGGCAAAGAAGCAGAGCAGCCCCAUGUGCAUUCCAUCCAGCGGUACCUCUUGCUCCUUCUCUCAUUCCUCGCCCCAUAGAUCCUCUUUUGCUCCCACAGUCCCGGUCCUCAACACACACCAUUGUGAAACAAGCGCUUCUCAACUUAAGGAGCCCAAUUCACAGUCUGACCUUGGCCAUGGAUCCUCUGCCCUUGUCAACACAAGCAGGUCAGGAACAACUCUUCCAGGACUUUCUCCUAGUAAAUCUCUGCCGCAGAAACCAGCCAGGGUGUUGCUUCUCCCUCUCAUAGGAAAACUACCUGCAUUCCAGAGAAAGGCUAGGAGGAAAAAAGGGCUGCUGGAGAAGAGUCAGGAGAAGGAGGGAGAUGAGGAAGAUGAGGCUAAGGAGAGUGGAAUGGAUCCUGAAGUGGUCUUCAACAGUCGGAAAUGUCUUCUGGACAUAGUUGAGUCAAACCCCAGCAGCACAUUGAAUCUCUGCCCCUCGCAGAUUAAGACAGAUGACAAGAAGACAGCUGGCAAGACAGCUCCGCCAAUCAGCUUUACUGCUGAGGAGAUGGACAAAUAUCGCCUCCUGCAAGAGCAGGCGAGAGAGCACAUGCAGAAAGUCCUGGAACAGACGCACGAGAGCGCAGAUACACACACAACGGCACAGACAGAGAACUGUGGGACAUCAGAGGAACAAUACACACCUGCACCCUUGCACAACACUUUACAGCCUCAAACCCGGCCCCUUCACACAGACACAAUGCAAACACAAGCACACCACACCCUCCAGGUCAGUCUCCCACUUCCACAUGUGACCCCACAAGAGAACUUUACUCAGCCCAUGGCUCUAAGAGUCCCGAAUCUCCCCCCUCUCUCCAGCCUCCAUCAUAUCAUUUUACAACGCGCUGCCCUCUCCAUGCCCCCCCCCCUCUUCCUCUUCCACCUCUUCCACCUCAUCCACAUCUCCUGCAAUCCACCCGCACCCAUCUCGGCUCCCUCACCCACUGACCCCUCUCCACCCCUCCCACCCUCAUCACCUUCACCUCUCUCCCUUUUCCAUAACCUCCCUGUUUCCCUCCAUUCUGCUGUCCCAUCAUCCCAUCCCUCUCCUCCACCAGUCUUUCCACGCGACCCAACUCGCUCCACUCUCCCAAGUAGCCCUGCAACCCUUUAA